ACGAUUCUUCAGUCGGAGAGGAGGACCGGGAGAAAGAGAAAGUCACUUGCCCCAAGAAACUCUCACCUUUUCAGUAUGAAGGCGAUUUUGGCACUCAUCUUCGCUUGUGGCCUGGUUACUUGCGUUUUAUCUCAGAAACGAGACGCUGUGUGCAAAAAAGACAAUGGCUUUUUUCCACACGAAGACUAUUGUGAUUACUUCUAUGAGUGUGUAGAAGGGGUAGCUUAUCUGCAGCUCUGCCCCAAUGGGCUAGCAUUUGCUGGAGGUGGACGUGGGCUCAUUAACCAUUGUGAUUACGCCCACAGAGCAGGAUGCCCGGAUGAAACCACUGGACGACUAUUAGGACAGCCACCCCAAGGAAGUGGUAACUGUCCUUACUUGUUCGGCAUUUUCCCGCAUGAGAAAAGCUGCACAAGAUACUGGCAUUGCUGGAAUGGAACUGGUACCGUACAGAUGUGUCCUUUCUCCCUGCUCUACAACGAACAGGAACAUGCUUGCGAUUGGCCAGACAAAGUUCCAGGUUGUCAACAGCACCCUCUUUGCAAAGGAAUUCCAAAUGGCGUGAAGCCCAUUCAGGACUCUUGUGUUCGGUAUUGGCUUUGUGUAGGAGGAUAUCCUCGACUUCAGAGAUGCCCAGCUGGACUUGCUUUCAGUACAGACUCACUGAGAUGCGAUUGGUCGACGAAUGUUCCAGGGUGUGAGCCGCCACCACCAGCGCCGGAGGAAGCAGAACAAGGUUUGCAAAUUCCAUCCAGAAGGCAGCAAAAUCGAAGAGUAACUGCAGCCGACGAAGAAGCUGUAAUAAAUUAACGCAAGACAUCCAUUGCUGUAGCAUUUUCCUCCUUUCUUUUCAGUGUACCAUUUAAAAUAUUUUAUUUCAAUCAAAAACUUCAUUUAUAUCAGCAUUGCUGAAGGAGAAGUUUGAAUAAUGUUAUCUGUUCUCUGCAUAUAUUUGUGAAACAUUUUUAAGUAUGUUUAUUAAGCUUACUUAUUUUUUAGUAGAGCAAAUAUGCAGUACUCAUAAGCAAAUAUGCAACUGUAGGCGAAAUCCCAACUCAAAUGAUAAGGAGUAUUAUUCUGCCUUCCGAAGUAAGAAAGAGUAUUUCAAGUAAUUAAAUUGACGCGUCCAAAUACCCAUUUUUUCCUGGGUUUUAGCAGAAGAGAACUGGUUUUCAAACUUAUUAAUUCAAUUUAAUACUCAUCCUUAGCUCUGCAUACCAGGUAUACCUAAAUCUUGUAUACCAGAAAAUGACUUUAAAUGAUGUCAGGCGUGUUUAUGGCUGCUAUAAUUCUAGCUAGCUCAAUAGUCAUUUUGUUUCCUACUUUGAGUGUUGCCUAACUUCUCUUGCUAAAGUUAUUGAAACUAUGCCACCAAUAGACGUGAAAACCUUUUUGUACUCCCUAUAAAUGAAUGCAGUAAAUUUUCUAUUUUGUAUACAAAAAGUAAGGCAUUGUAACUAAUUUGUUGAAAUGCAUUAAAAUUUCAGCUAUGAAAGUUAACAUAGUAUUGCCAGCUGAUAUGAGAAAGACACCAAUCUUGUAAACUUAUUAAGACAUUGUACAAUGCUCUCUAAUGUUUGGAACAAAAUGUAAAUUAGGUCAGUCUGGUUUUAUAUCAGCUCUAGUCAUGUUUCUUAAACACUGGCGCUAUUUGAAGGUUUAAACCAACAAUAAUUUAUCUGAAAAUUACAACAGUACAGUCAAACCCUGUUAACCCAAACCAACCUUAAUGCAAAAUAAAUGCCACCCCUUGUCAAAUAAAGCUAAAUCAAUCUUUCAAGACAAAGUUGAUUUGAACGAAAUACAGAGAAACAAAUUUAAGCCAGUUGAAAAAAAAAGUGGUCAAUAAAAAUAAAUAUUAUUAACAUAAUACAAUAAUAAAAAAGAAAAGGAAAUUUCAUUUACUGAAUGCAUGGUUACACAAGAGAAUUAUCAAUUUUUUAAACUGCUGACAAAAUCUAUUAAGUCUCAAUAUUUUACGUUCCUAUGGCAAUUUCAUUCAAAGUUGAUGAAAAUUGUAUUUUUGAAAAACUCUUUGUGCCAAAAAGUAUAUUUUUCUUAAAAAUUUUAAAUUGUAAGAUUUUGUCGGAAAUUUUUGAUCUAUUAGAAUGUAUAAAAUGUUGUAAUGUUCACACCUCGUUUUUUUCUUUAGCAUUGCACAUCUUGACUAUCAUCAUUAAACUUUUUUUUAAUCUUG